AUGGGAACUCCCUCUACGUUUGGUGGACCAAUGAUUUCGAAAAAGAAUAACAAAGUCGUGGGCAUGACCAUAAUUGGUUCACCUGAUCAGCCAGCUAUUUUUCAACCAAUUACACCGUUGCUUGAUUGGAUCUGGAAGCCAAGGAACGUCACCUUUGAACUUAAAGCGCUUGCUCCUGAAGAAGCUAAAUUUUUGGCCGAUGUACAAGUCCCUGGAAAGCUAGCUACCGUGUUCAAAGCUACCAAGCAGACAGACUUAGUCACUUGUAACGCAUUCAUUUUAUCGCCAACGGAAAUUGUGACCAAUGCACAUUGUGUGCACGGUGCUCCAUACGCCUUUGUAAAAGUUAAUAAACUAGUAAAAGAUGCAAAAACAAUUGAAGUUACUCGCGACCAGAUAUCAAUUCACAAGGAUUAUCAAGUUGGUAAACACGAAUUUGACAUUGCCAAGAUCAGACUUAAAGAGCCGUUGCAAUUCAACGACAACGUCGGCAGCAUAGAUGUAGCGGACAAAGAUUACAAAUUGAAUGAUCCGUCCGAAGUAGUCAGUGUCUAUGGUGAUAUGCUGGUGGAUGGAUCCAUACAAACAAGACGAUAUGAUACGAACUAUUUAGAUGAUCGCAGUUGUAAGCCGAAGAACAGCCAAUUAUUUUUUGAUAAUCAUUUAUUUGGCACAAAUAAUUUGUGCUACAUCUCUGGUGCAAAUCCAGAACCUCUCACAAUUUCUGGCGGCGUGGAACUAUAG